AUGGGGGAUUUGGAGAAGCAGCAAGAGAAGGUGACGAUGUUGGAGGAAGGAAGGAAAGAUGAAGAAGGUGAAGAGAAUGAGAGGCUUUUGGAGGGUAUGGCUGUUUUGGAUUUUGAUAUGCUUUGUUCAUCUGUUGCUUUGCAAACUGCAAAUGGAACUUGGGGGAAACUUGGUGGUGCUGAUGAUGAGCAUCGUGGUGAGGAGUUUGGUGGUGUUUUGAGGAUGUGGGAAGGUGAACUUCUUGAUUGCUUCGAACAUCGUCGAAUCGCUCUUGAAUCUGCAUGUUGUCCCUGCUACCGAUUCGGGAAGAACAUGAAGCGAGCUGGUCUUGGUUCUUGCUAUAUUCAGGCAUUUGUGUAUUUUGUUCUUGCCAUCUGUGCUCUUUUCAACUUCAUAGCCUUUAUCGUCACGAGACAUCACUACUUUCUUUACCUGGCAGUCACCUUCAUCGUUACUGGUGGAGCAUAUUUAGGAUUCUACCGAACUCGUAUGCGAAAGAAAUUCAACAUCAAGGGUAGCGAUAGCUCAGUUGACGAUUGCGCUUACCAUUUUGUUUGUCCUUGUUGUACAUUGUGUCAGGAGUCAAGAACACUUGAGAUUAACAAUGUUCAAGACGGCACUUGGCACGGUCGAGGUGACACCAUAUGCAUAGGUGGCAUCAGGAACGGGAGUAAAGCACUCUCCUCGUUGAUUCCUCCUCCUAUUGAGUCCAUCAAGCUUACUGAUGAAAAUUUCACCUUAUAG